GCGACGUGUCAUAUACAGUUUAUGUUAUUUACGUUCCCUUAGAAGCUGAUAUGGCGAGUAAACUGUCUAUUCGUAAGGCACAGGUACACGUGCCGGACACGUGUGCGUGGUGUGGUAGUGUACAGGACGUGAACUGGUACUGUAAUGACUGUCAGGAGGCUUUGUGUGAAAAAUGUAAGGAGAUCCAUCAGCGCGCGAGGAGGACAAGGAAUGACGACGUUGUAGCGAUAAAACAGGCGAACAAACAAGGCAAGGUGGUACUUUCAGAGAAAUGUAAGAUACAUCCCGGUAAAACAUGCGAUCUGUUCUGUACAGAGUGUAACGUCGCCAUCUGUUCAAUGUGUUUUACGAAACACAAACAACAUGCAUUCAAACAUUUUGACGACGAAAUUAACACCCAGAAACAUUACAUGCGUGAGCAGUUGGAAACGUUGAAAUCUAAGCUAGAUCAGUUCAAUGAGAAGUUAUCACACCGUCGGAAAAAGUCCAAAACAUUCAAAAAAAGUGUUGAUAUUAUCUGUAAAGAUGUCAAAGAGCGAGGAACAAAGCUGAAGGCAGAAAUAGAUUCUAUAGUGGACAACGUCCUAGCUGAAUUAUCAUCACUGGUUGCUGAAGAAGACAAACUCCUCCAACAGGAUUGUGAACAUGAUGAUAAAAGUGUCAAACAAAUAAAGCAGCUGAUCGAAGAAGUUGAGCAGCAGUCGGAAAAUCCAUCAAGUGGAACUUUGUUUGAGCUGACGAGAAGACUUAGGACCACUAUACCGCUUUAUGACGUUACUGGUACGAGUGUACUACCACGUCCACUUAGCUUUGAAACUGGCCAAAUUAAUACAGAACAGUUGAAAAAUAUGAUCGGAUAUGUUCAGACGGGGAGUAAGAAUGAUUCAACGUCCAAGUAUGAGAAGAAGGAAAUCAAUAAUCAACAUGUCCGAAAACUUACUUCAUUCCAGACACCUCCAAACAAGUCCAUACUAUCCAUUUGUCCAAUAAACGACACCUAUGCAUGGAUAUCAAUGUUUAAGUGCCGGGACCUGCUCCGAGUCAAUAAAAAGGGAAACGUCACGGAAACUGUGAAGCUUGAUUUUACACCUUGGAGUUUUGCUUUGACCAACUCUGGACUACUGAUGACUCUACAUGAUCAUUCACCAUUGAUACACAAACUGUCGGAGGACAGACGAGUGACGACCUUUGCCGAUAUCAGUCCAUUAAAGGUCAAUGGUAUCAGUGUUAGUGACACAGACGAGGUGUUCGUUAGUACUCACACUACAACAAUACUGGUACUGAACAUGUCCGGGGACAGGGUCAGGCAACUCUCGUGUGGACAGGGUUGGAGCGGUAUCGUAUGUUUGACCAGAGGAAAUGUUGCUGUUACCACUUGGGGCGAUUACUGUACAGAACUGAACAUCGUCAACGAAUCAGGUCAGAUCAAACACAAGUGGAGUGGAGAACUGGACACUGGUCAGACGCUAUCUGGAACGAUUCAGAAUAGUAUAGCAUGUGAUAAAUAUGACAGAGUAUUUGUACCAGACUUUAAUACUCAUCAGGUAUACGUCAUCUCGAGGAAUGAGAAAAACGCAAACUGUAUCCUGGACGAGAAACAUGGAGUACGACAUCCAGUGGCAGUAGGUGUAGACUGGUGUGGACAUGUUUGGAUCGGCUGUCGUGAUGGUACAGUGCAUGUUAUGCAACUCUAAUCAACCAGGAUAUACAGCUGUAGAUAAACUAUAGAUGGUGGGAUACUUCAAUCCAUGUUCCUUACAAUGACAGUUUAUCUCUUUUUGAACUAGUUGUCGACUGUUUCGACUAUUAGGUUUGAUACUUGUACAUAAACACAACUUCAUUUGACCUUUUCUUAUGACGAUUGCUUUACCUCCUCAUAUAGCCUGUCCCGUUUUUCUUGUUUUAUGAUUGUCGAUAUAAGCCACAAGAACCUGAAAGCAAGUUAUUUAGAUGUUCUGGUUUUGGAUGAAAUGACGGCCAGCUUCUGUUUUAAUCACUUGACUUUUAAAGUAGAACCUGUCUGUCCUUUUCAUAGCCUAACUUAUCCGACCAAUAAGUGUUUAGUUUACAUCUUGCUCGUGUCUGAUUCACUCAGAGAGGAAUAUAUGAAGCAAUCACGUGAAGUACCGAGUCAAAUGUUUCUAUGUCAAAACCAACAGUAGAUGUAUUGUGUCAGUAACACCGGCCUGAUAUUAAAUGUUUUGUAUUUUGCUUUUGCUCACUUUGAUACCCCCAUCCUAUUUCUUCACCUUCAUCCGUAAUAUUAUGCUAGAAACUAUAUAAUCAAACAUAUUCAUUUACUGUGCAUUGUCACUAUGUAAUAUUUUCAAACAAAAUAGAAAGUUAUCAUAAUUCAUACAUAAUUCCCAUUGGUAUAGUGAUAUUUAGAACAAUGUUUGUAACGUUACUAAAAGACGUUUUUUUUUGCUUGUCGUCACUAUAUAAAUUGUAUCAUGUCACGAAAAUUCUUACUACCAGACUAAAAAAAAAAGUUAAGUUAUGUUGUAUAAAAAGAUCGUCAAAAUGGAAUACAUCAAAAUGUUGAUUUUCAAUGGAUGGUUUUGUGUUUUUUUUCACGAACUUUAUUAUUUUGCCGGGAAUGGUCGAGGUAUUACAUAAACAAUUCACAUUGACA